CUCCAAUCGUAGCGGUAGUCAGCCAUCCCACCACCUACACCUGCUGCACCCGGUGCACCUGCCGCUGCUUAUAUCGGUAGUCAGUUAAGUGAGGUUAGGUUUAAUGUUAGAUACCUGGGUACCUAACCUACCUUGUUGUACUUGAAAGAUACUGGGGCACUUAGGCUUAGGUAUUCUUGCUCGCCUCCCCCAAAACGAAACUUCCAAUACAAACCACGACGAAACCUCCCACCUCUUUCGACCACAUCCUUCUUCCCAACACCACCGUCCAUUCGCAAGCCCAACGACACUGAGAAACCCGUCUGUUAAAGACUCGUUCCUUUGAUCGAGGCGACCUUCGCGUACUUCACCAUGAACCCUCACCAGAAGAACAAGGUUGACGUCAAGUCGCUCACCCCUGAUGAGCAACGCCUCUUCCGCCUGUACGGCAAGCUGCCGUCGAAAUCCGACCACUUCGCCAAGCACUUGAAGGAGCGCAAGUAUUUCGACAGCGGAGACUACGCCAUGUCGAAGGCAGGCAAGGGCGACAGCGUCGACACAGGCAGCGUCGGCAGCCAGCAUCCCGUCCCCGAGAACAUCCCCCACCUAACAUCGCCCAACGGCCAGAACGGCGGCAGCGCCGUCGCCCACCAGCACCACCCCAGCCUGCACGCUCACACCAGCCAACAGGUUACCUCCACCGGCAGCCCCAUCAAGGAGAGCAGCUUCCUCAACCGCGAGACCAGCGCCGAGGAGGACGACGCCGCUGAGAACGGCGACAAGGAGAACAAGGAAAACAAGGAAAACAACGCUAACAACGCUAACAAUGCUGAGGCUAAGGCUACCGCUACCGCGGCGAACGGUGAUGCCGUCAAAGGUAUCCCGAUCCGAAGAUAAGACGAUAGUAAAGCGAUACUGCUACUGGGGCGGGACAAUGUAGGAUGAGGUGAGACGAGAGGACUCUACGGGGGAAAGCAGAUGAACAGCGUUGGAUGCAACCUACCUAAGAAAAGAGGCGCGUUAUCUUAAGGAUUUCCACCCUCCUCCCCAGCCCUAUCACGCACGGCCGAGGGGAGCGCAUGUGUACGUUUUUUGCCCGUCGUUGUACGACCGAGUAGUUGCGUUAAGUUGCGUUGCGUUGCGUUAUAUCGCGCGCGAGGGAGACGAGAAAGGUGUAAAAGGUGCUAGGUAGUAGCCGACUCCCUUUCACGACGAUGGGUUACGAGUACUUUUUUUUUAAUUACUUCUUUUGAUUUUUAUGCUCCCGCGGCGUUCGGGGAAACGGUGAUUUCGCGUGGUACUGGCAAAGGGAAAUUUUCGCAAUUGCAAAAAAUACGGAUGGAACGAUGCUGUGUCGUCGUCGUCGUUUUCUAGGGUCUAUUCCCAACUCAAUUCCCGAGUCGAGAACUUUCGCUAAGACCCUUGGUACUUUUGUUUUGCUCUUGUCUCUAUUUUGGCUUGGUUGACUGUACUGGGAACUGCUGCUAUUUGUUACUCUUACUUGUGAAUGCGACAUGGGUUAGGCAUUGCUCUGGUGUCAGUGUCAGAUAGUUGUUUUAAUAACGAGGAUUUAUAUCUCGAAAAA